UCUAACACAAUAAUUAAAAUGAAAUUCUCUACACCUCAAGCACCAAUAUUAUUCCAUGUUUUGUUACUAGUGAACGUUCACUUAGUCAUGCCCUUCACCGUUAUCAUGCCGGAUUCGGGUGCCCUCGUAGACGGGCCACAAACCGGGCUACCCGGGUCCAACACCGGCGCUCAAACAGAUCCCGAAGAGCAAGAAGCAGUCUACGACAUAAUGAGAGCAACCGGCAACGACUGGGCCACGGAGAUCCCGAACGUGUGCCGCGGUCGGUGGCACGGGAUCGAGUGCGUGCCAGACAAAGACAAUGUGUUCCACGUCGUGUCUCUUUCUUUCGGGUCGCUAUCGGACGAUACCGCAUUCCCUACGUGCGACCCGACCCGCUCCACCAUCUCACCAUCCAUCACUAAACUCCCCCACCUAAGAACCCUUUUCUUCUACCGAUGUUUCACCAACAAACCUCAACCCAUACCAUCUUUUCUAGGCCAAUUGGGCUCCUCUUUGCAAACUUUAGUCUUAAGGGAAAACAACCACAUUGGCCCAAUUCCACCUGAAUUAGGCAACUUGACCUAUUUGACCGUUUUAGAUCUUCACAAAAACAAUUUAAAUGGUUCAAUCCCACAUUCAUUAGGUCAUAUCCAAGAUUUAAGGUCAUUAGACUUGAGUUGCAAUAAAUUAUCUGGCUCAUUUCCUAACAUCACUUUCCCAUCAUUAAGCAUACUAGACCUCAACCAAAAUCAUCUCAAAGGCUCCCUCCCAAACUCCCUUCUAAGUAGUAAUUCCCUCCUCAAAAUAGAUUUAAGUCGAAAUCGAAUCUCCGGUCCCAUCCCAAACCUAGAAAACCUCGAAAACCUAGUUCUCCUCGACUUGAGUUACAAUACCCUAACCGGACCUCUCCCUAACACACUUCAAAACCAAAGAUCUCUUCAAGCUCUCAUCCUCAAUGGCAACCCCUCUAUAUCCACCACAAUUCCAAAAGACAUGUUUUUAGGUUUGAACAACUUGAUCAUCUUAGGAUUAUCAAAUACAGACUUGAAAGGCCCAAUCCCGGAAUCACUAGGAGAGUUAGCUAUGCUAAGAGUGCUCCAUCUUGAUGGGAACCAACUCAAUGGCACCAUACCAUCAACAUUUGCCAAAUUGAAUAGCCUUAGUGAGCUAAGGCUAGACAAUAACAAGUUGAUAGGGCCAAUUCCGUUUAAGAGAGAGAGGGUUUGGAGAAUGGGGAGAAAAUUGAGGAUUCACAAUAAUUUGGGGCUUUGCUAUGAUGAGAAAAGUGGGCUUGGAGAUGAUUUGGACAGUUUGGCUAGUGCAGGAAUUGGACUUUGUGACGUGCCUAAAAAUGUACCAGCGUCAUCAGUUCAACAUAUCUCUACACUAGAUUAUGGGAAUAUGCUCAAUUCUACCACAAAUUCAAGUGCUUCACCACACAAAAAUAAUGCUUUUGUUGGAGUGAUAACCAUAUUUUUCGUUUUUGUUUCUUGUUUAUUGUGAGGAAAUAUAUAGAUUGAUGUCUCUUUUGUAUUGUUGUUAGUUCACUAUUGUGUAUAGAGAGUAUUGUAUAUUGUAAGAAUAGUAUCAUAAGUUAGUUGCCAAUAUAAACA